AUGCUAUUCCAAUCUAUCUUUCUUGCCGCCGCCACACUGGCGCCCGCAGCGCUUAGCUGCCCUCAACACACCAACGCCAAACGCCAUGUACACCUCACCACAAGACAGCAACAAGUCACUCCGGGCAAUGUAACGGAUAACGACUGGGCCUACGAAGCAUCCUUCAACUGGGGAAGGAUCCACCCCGACUACCAUCUCUGCCAAACCGGAACCCAACAGUCUCCAAUCGCCCUCUCGCUCGGUAACGGACUAGCCUUAAACCAUGUGCCCAAGUUCAAGUACAACGGCAGCAUCGCCGGUAACUUCUACAACUGGGGCUACGGACCCGCAUUCACUGUCGCACACGAGGAGGCCGUAGUAGAGGGAGAGAUUGAUUGGACAACGCACCCAAGCUUCACCUACGACAACGAGACCGUCUACCUCAAGGGCUGGCACAUUCACGCCCCAGCUGAUCAUUCCGUUGGUGGUGAUCGCAGCAAAGCCGAGCUCCAUCUCGUCCACGUCGACGCCACUGGCCACGAAAAGGCCGUCAUGGCCAUUCGUCUCGAUCCCGGUAACUACAACUCGACCUUCUUCGAGCAACUGCCUUCCAUGAUCGGCUACGCGGAAAUGGGUGUUGAGCAGCCCUGUACUAUGGACUUUGGACCUCUGCUUGAGAGCGUUCUCUACUUCAACGAGUUCUGGACCUACCAGGGUAGCUUGACCAGCCCGCCUUGCACUGAGGGUAUCCGCUGGUUCGUCGCCAGACAGAUUCUCUUCACGGGUGUCGACCAGAUGAGGGCUAUUCUUGGUGCUAGCACCUACUCUGCGAGGGCGGAGCAAGAGGUCUGGCAACACAGGAUCAACGAGUAG